AUGUGGUUGCUUAUCACAGCGGCAGCGGCACUAUGUUUGUACACCCCGGGUAAGGACGAGCCGCUACUCGAGUAUCCUGACGCCAGCGAGGUGGCGGUCGGGGGUGCUUUGAUGGUACACCGGACGCCUGAGGAGGUGGUGGCGUUCGAAAAACGGGUCGAGGCGUUCUUAAGGAAGUCCAUCGACAACAGCGACAUGUCAAGGCUGUGA